ACAAAUUCGGAUAAUACAAACACCAAAAGAGAGGCCAAUAAGCAACCCAAUCACAUUCAAUUCAUUUUCCAAACAAUGCUGCUCUUCCCGCCUCCAUCACCGCCACUGUUUCGCCCCGCCAAUUUCACCCCCAACCCUCGCUGGCGGCCGAGUAUUCUUCCGCAACGCCUUCUGGCCGCGUCUAAUGAAGUGGACGCGUUCACGCAGUCCUCCGGGUACCUCUUCGACCUGAGCUCAUCGGAAGCCGAAUCCUUGACGGAAUAUAACGUAUCGAGAAUCGCGGCUAUAUAUCGGAGAAAACCUUUCAUUCUCCUCCGCCGGCUAUUCCAAAUAUCCACCACUCUCGGCAAGUGGUUCGCCUUCCGGUAUUACGACCGCAUCACCGAGCGCUCAGAUUUGAUGUUCCAGGUUAGAGCUGCUGAACUGAGGAAGAUAUUAGUGCAACUUGGUCCGGCUUAUGUUAAGAUAGCUCAGGCUAUUUCAUCACGACCUGAUUUGAUACCACCCUCGUACUUGGACGAGCUUUCACUUUUGCAAGAUAGAAUUGCACCAUUUUCCACAAAAGUUGCUUUUGAUACAAUAGAGCAAGAACUUGGAUUGCCGAUAAAUGCAAUUUUCUCAGAAAUCUCACCUGAGCCUGUUGCAGCAGCAUCACUUGGACAGGUUUAUAAAGCUAGGCUUCGCUCCAAUGGGAAGGUUGUUGCUGUAAAAGUGCAGAGGCCUGGAGUUAGAGCCGCAAUGUCGUUGGAUAUACUUAUCUUGCGUUACCUGGCAGGGGUGAUAAGGAUAGUAGGAAAAUUGAACACUGACCUCCAGUCAGUCGUUGACGAAUGGGCAUCAAGCCUUUUCCGGGAGAUGGAUUACAAGGGUGAAGCAGACAACGGAAUUAAGUUCAAACAGUUAUAUGGCAGCAUAAAAGAUGUUGUAGUUCCUGAAAUGUAUGUCGAGCAAACAACUCGCAAAGUUCUAACCAUGCAGUGGAUUGAGGGCCAAAAGCUGGCAGAAGUGAAGGAUCUAUACCUGAUUGAGGUGGGAGUUUACUGCUCAUUCAAUCAACUUCUAGAGUCUGGAUUCUAUCACGCUGAUCCACAUCCCGGAAACCUACUUCGCACCUAUGACGGGAAACUAGCCUACUUAGACUUCGGCAUGAUGGGUGAAUUCAAAGAAGAACUCCGUGAGGGCUUCAUUGAAGCUUGUCUCCACCUUGUAAAUCGCGAUUAUGAUGCACUUGCAGAAGACUUUGUAACCCUUGGGCUUCUUCCAGCAACAGCUGACAGGGAAGCUGUUACAAAGGCACUAACAGAUGUCUUUCGAAAUGCUGUUAUCAGAGGAGUUAGCAAUAUAAGCUUCGGGCAACUUCUUGGAAAUUUGGGAACCACCAUGUAUAAAUUCAAAUUCAGACUUCCAUCUUAUUUUUCUCUUGUCAUAAGAAGUCUAGCUGUUUUGGAGGGAAUUGCCAUCGGCUCCAACCCAAAUUACAAAGUUUUGGGCAGUACAUACCCUUGGAUUGCCCGAAAGGUGCUUACUGAUAGCUCACCCAAGUUGCAAUCAUCUUUGCAAACCCUUCUUUACAAGGAUGGUGUAUUCAGGAUUGACCGGUUAGAGUCUCUCUUAACAGAGUCGUUACGUGCCAGGACAGACAGAACAGUGGUCAAAAAGCAGGUAGAAGACGAAUCUAAGAUGGUUAUUAAACAAGUUCUGUCCCUUGCUUUGAAUGAGAAGGGUGCAUCUGUGAGAGAAAUACUUCUUGAGGAAGUUGCAAAGGGUUUGGACGCACUUGGACUGGCGACCUUGGAUUCAAUGAUAUCUGCAAUGACGGCAAACCUACCCUUCAGACCAUAUUCUUCUUCUUCUAUGACUACUGAAGAUAUCACCAAUCUGAGGACGCUGCAAAGCCUCGUGCUAUUACUUUCAAGGCUUCAACAGACUGAAACUUCUGUAACGGAAGUAAAAGGAAGCUCAGUGGCCAUACAGAAACCAUAUUCAAAUGAAGCAGCACUGAUAUCUGGUCAAGAAAUGCUGUCCGUGAUCUCUGAGCUUCCUCAGGAUUUACAGCAACAGUUAUUGAGAUUGCCAGCAGAUUUGGCUGGAAAAUUGGUUUCUCGUGUUUUUGCCAGGACAGUAAGACGGGCUUUCCUAUAAAUAGUUUCUACUACUCUGUUUUGGAUCAUUUCCUGGGUAUCAUCUAUCUAAGAGGAGUCGAGCAGAAGCUGCUUCAUUAGUCUCCAUUCGCCAAUAUGAAGGUGAUAAAUAAAAAAGAAAUACCACAUACAUAAUCUCCAUGUAAAAAAUAGUGCAUACAGGUGAAAAUAAAGAUAAAAUGCACUAAACCAUACUGAGUAAUAAAUUUGUAUUUACAAUAUAUAUUGUGUCGACUCUAUUAAAGUAUAUAUUCUGGAAUC